CUGAAAGUUAAACAGGCUGCUGAAUCUUGGUGCUUUAAAAGAGGAAGACAGAGCAGGGAGCUCGGUGCUAAUUUCAUUUGUAGUGUUUAAAUUAAGACCAAGUUUGUGGACAGAGAGCAGACCUCCUCCUCUGAACCAAAAUGACGACACAAGAUCAGGAUGACAAGAGAUACGACCCCAAAGAUACUACGCUGACAUUUGUCAACAGGAGGGAUGAGCUGGAUCCAUUAUCCAGUGAUGACAGUCUCGUAGCAGAGAUGUCCUGCGGUCAUGCUGUCACAGCGGAAUCUCUCACCGGAUGGUGCCGCAGUCUGCUGGAUCAGGGCCAGUACAAAUUUAAGUGCCCUGCUUUAAAUGAGGACACCUACGAGACGUGUGGUGCAGUGUGGUCCUAUCCAGAGGUGCGCAGGCUGGCAGCACUGACAGUUGAAGAGAUGGCCUACUUUGAAGAGAAGAUUGCCCAAUUGGCAGCCAGAGAGUACUGUGAAUUGAAAACAUGUCCUGGUUGCAAGACCUAUGUGGAGAGAGAGGACCUGACUAACCUGAGUGUGAGAUGCACAAUCUGUACAGCAGACAACAACAAAGCGUACGAGUUCUGCUGCCAGUGUUUGAGGCCGUGGAAAGGUAGAGCUCCCCGAUCAGACCGCUGUGAUAAUGAUGGCUGUGUAAACCACGAACUCGAAGUUCUCAGGAACUGCAAGACUACUAAUCUCCCUCAGGUUCGGGGGGUUGAUGCCUGUCCCUCCAUCCGGGCCUGUCCCACCUGUGGUGAGAUAGUGGAGCAUGACAAAACAGGCUGCAAGAAUAUCAUCUGUCCUCGCUGUCAGAAAGAGUUCUGCUUUGUGUGUCUGAAACUCACUCCUGUGUGCUUGAGGACAAGCUCAUACUUCAUCCCCUGCAGUGAUGGUGUGGCUCCCAGACAAACAUCAAUAACUGUGUGGCGCAGAAAGUAGCAGGCAACAUGGACUCUAC